AUGGUUUCAUCUCUCGAUCUGGCUAGUGGUUACUGGCAGGUACCGCUCACAGAAAGAGCAAAGGAAAUAAGCGCUUUUACAACAACUUGCGGGUUGUUCCAUUUUAACGUACUGCCGUUUGGCCUUACGAAUGCGCCAGCAGCGUUUCAGCGAUUAAUGGAUCAGGUGCUUGGUGACCUAAAAGGAACAGAAGUCUCUGUUUACUUGGACGAUAUCCUUAUCGCAACUAAAACCGAAGAGCGCCAUUUAGAGGUGCUAGAACGAACGCUUGAGGCGUUUCGAAAGGCCAACCUGAAGGUGAAACCUCAGAAAUGUCGGCUUAUGCAAUGUAGUCUGGAGUUUUUAGGCCAUGUUGUAGACAGGGAUGGCAUAAAAACAAACCCUGACAAGGUGUCUAAUAUUCGGAACUACCCAGUACCACGAAAUAUUGCUCAGUUGAGAACAUUUCUGGGAAUGGCGGGAUAUUACGUAGGCUGCCUUUUAUAUUGCGGGAUUUGA